AUGUCGCGAAGACCGUAUCAGGACCCGUUUGCUACGCCUGCCGCCCAUCCCCGCCUCGAUUCUGAAUCCGACAUGGACCACUACGACCGCAGAGACACGUUUCAGUCUGAGAACAGUGCUCCUGGAGGUGCUUAUGAUAACCAUAAUUAUGAUCCUUAUUCACACCGCCGCGGCGACACUGACACCGAGAGCGAGCAAGAUGUUUACAACAGAAACUAUGCACCUUCUGCAGAAUCCUUGAAUCCAAACUUUCGCUCGGGCGUCUCUGACAUCUCCAACACUUACGAGUAUGGAGGCCCCGGUGUUCGCGAACCAUACCCUGCGUGGACCUCUGAGAGACAGAUUCCUUUGUCCAAAGAGGAAAUUGAGGAUAUUUUCCUUGACCUUACCCAAAAAUUCGGAUUUCAGCGAGACUCUAUGCGCAACAUGUUCGACUUCUUGAUGCAGUUGCUCGACUCCCGCGCCUCGCGCAUGUCCCCCAAUCAGGCGCUGCUCACGCUCCACGCCGACUAUAUUGGCGGACAACACGCCAACUAUCGAAAGUGGUACUUUGCUGCCCAGCUGGAUCUCGACGACGCCAUUGGUCAGGUGCAGAACCCGGGCCUCCAGAGGCUCAAAUCCGUCAAGAAGAAGGGUGCCCAAAAGACUGGUGCCGAAAAGUCGCUCGAUAGCGCACUCGCACGCUGGCGACAGGCAAUGAACAACAUGUCUCAGUAUGACCGUCUGAGGCAGAUUGCCUUGUUUUUGCUCUGCUGGGGCGAGGCCGCUCAAGUUCGCUUCGUCCCAGAAUGUCUCUGCUUUAUCUUCAAGUGUGCAGAUGACUAUUACCGGUCCCCAGAGUGCCAGAACAGGGUCGAAGCCGUGCCAGAGGGCUUGUACCUCCGCGCCGUCAUCAAGCCGCUCUAUCGCUUCAUUCGUGACCAAGGCUACGAAGUUCAGGACGGCAAGUUCGUGCGCAGAGAAAAGGACCAUCAUGAAAUUAUCGGAUAUGAUGACAUCAAUCAGCUUUUCUGGUAUCCAGAGGGCAUUGCUCGUAUCGUGAUGCACGACAAGACAAGACUGGUCGAUAUACCUCCGCCGCAACGAUUCAUGAAGUUUGAUCGCAUCGACUGGAAUCGCGCCUUUUUCAAGACGUACUUUGAGAAGCGAUCGGCCGCGCAUCUUCUCGUCAACUUUAACCGGGUUUGGGUUAUUCAUGUUGCCAUAUUUUGGUUUUAUACCGCCCGUAACUCGCCUGAGAUCUACCGUCGUUCCGACAAGAAUUUACCGACAUCUGCGAUGCAGUGGUCCGCCUCUGCACUAGGAGGUGCUGUUGCCACAGUCAUCAUGAUCUUGGCCACUCUUGCAGAGUUUUCGUAUAUCCCUACCACCUGGAACAACACCUCUCACCUCACCCGUCGUCUUCUCUUCCUCUUGGUCGCCCUUGCCGUUACCACAGCUCCAACCUUCUACAUCUUCUUGACCGACAAUCCCAGGUCAAAAUCCAACGUCCCCCUCAUCGUCUCACUGGUUCAAUUCUUCAUCUCGGUGGUCUUGACUUUGCUUUUCGCCAUGGUGCCUUCUGGUCGCAUGUUCGGCGACCGAGUGGCAGGCAAGUCGCGAAAGUACCUUGCGAGCCAAACCUUCACCGCCAGCUACCCUGACUUGGACCGCAAAUCCCGCAUCGCAUCGAUCCUGCUCUGGGUCCUAAUUUUCGGCUGCAAGUUGACAGAGUCCUACUUCUUCUUGACGUCGUCUUUCAGGGACCCAAUCAAGGUCAUGGUGGGCAUGAAGGUGCAAGGUUGCAAUGACCAAUGGUUCGGCAGCAGCCUCUGCUCUAAUCAGGCGGCUUUCUCUUUGACGAUCAUGUACCUCAUGGAUCUGACGCUGUUCUUCUUGGACACGUUCCUGUGGUAUGUUAUCUGGAAUACCGUCUUCAGCAUAGCGCGUUCGUUCUCGCUGGGCCUUUCCAUUUGGACACCCUGGAAAGAUAUCUUCACUCGAUUGCCCAAGCGCAUCUAUGCCAAGCUGCUUGCGACUGGAGACAUGGAAGUCAAGUAUAAGCCAAAGGUUCUGGUUUCUCAGAUUUGGAACGCCGUUAUCAUCUCGAUGUACCGAGAACAUCUCCUGUCCAUCGAGCAUGUCCAAAAGCUGCUCUAUCAUCAAGUGCAAUCGGAUCAAGAUGGUCGUCGAACCCUUCGAGCCCCGCCUUUCUUCAUCUCCCAGGGCGAUAAGGGUUUGUCCGGCGAAUUCUUCCCCAAGGGCUCCGAGGCAGAACGCCGUAUCUCCUUCUUUGCCCAAUCCCUCACCACCGUGAUCCCAGAACCACUCCCGGUCGACGCUAUGCCUACAUUCACAGUCCUCACUCCACAUUACUCGGAAAAGAUCCUCUUGUCUCUUCGUGAGAUUAUUCGUGAAGAAAACCAUUCACGGGUCACAUUGCUGGAGUAUUUGAAACAACUCCAUCCGAUCGAAUGGGACAACUUCGUCAAAGAUACCAAAAUUCUCGCAGAGGAAUCGGCUCCGUACAGUGGCGGUAGUCCAUUCGCCACUGACGAGAAGGGCGCCAGCAAGACAGACGAUCUCCCAUUCUAUUGCAUCGGCUUCAAGAGUGCGGCUCCAGAGUACACCCUUCGUACGCGUAUUUGGGCUUCGCUCCGCGCGCAGACUCUUUACCGUACGAUUUCUGGCAUGAUGAACUACUCCAAGGCAAUCAAACUCCUGUAUCGAGUGGAGAACCCAGAGGUAGUUCAGCUCUUUGGUGGCAAUACGGAUAAACUUGAGCGGGAGCUUGAACGGAUGGCCCGUCGCAAGUUCAAAUUCGUGGUGUCAAUGCAACGCUACUCCAAGUUCAACAAGGAAGAGCAGGAGAAUGCAGAGUUUUUGCUACGCGCCUAUCCUGAUCUCCAGAUUGCGUAUCUCGACGAGGAACCACCGAAGAAGGAGGGUGGCGAGUUGCGACUCUUCUCUGCCCUCAUCGAUGGUCAUUCGGAGAUCAUGCCGGAAACAGGCAAGCGGCGACCCAAGUUCCGAAUCGAGCUUCCUGGUAAUCCUAUUCUCGGAGAUGGCAAGUCGGACAACCAGAACCACGCAAUCAUUUUCUACCGCGGAGAAUACCUGCAGCUCAUCGACGCCAAUCAGGACAACUACUUGGAAGAAUGCCUGAAGAUUCGUAACGUUCUUGGAGAGUUUGAGGAGCUCCAUAUGUCCAACCAGAGCCCAUACGCUCAAUGGGGUCAUAAAGACUUUACUAAGAGCCCGGUCGCCAUCGUUGGAGCACGCGAGUACAUCUUCUCGGAGAACAUUGGUAUUCUGGGAGACGUCGCAGCUGGAAAGGAACAGACGUUCGGUACCCUUGCUGCACGCUAUCUGUCGUGGGUUGGGGGCAAGCUGCACUACGGUCACCCCGAUUUCCUCAAUGCUCUGUUCAUGAACACGCGUGGUGGUGUGUCCAAGGCGCAAAAGGGACUGCACCUGAACGAGGAUAUCUUUGCUGGAAUGAAUGCGUUUGGGCGAGGUGGUCGGAUCAAGCACACCGAGUACUACCAAUGCGGAAAGGGUCGUGAUCUCGGAUUUGGAACCAUUCUCAAUUUCCAAACCAAGAUUGGAACUGGUAUGGGAGAGCAGAUGCUUAGUCGAGAGUAUUACUAUCUCGGAACCCAAUUGCCCAUUGACCGCUUCCUUACAUUCUAUUAUGGUCACCCUGGGUUCCAUAUCAACAACAUCAUGGUCAUUCUGUCCGUGCAAGUCUUCAUGGUAUCCUUGGUCUUCCUCGGUACUCUCAAUAAGCAACUCCUCAUUUGCAAGUACACAGCUGCGAACCAGCUGAUUGGUGGACAAAACGGUUGCUACAACUUGGUCCCAGUGUUCGAGUGGAUUCGACGAUGCAUCAUCUCCAUCUUCCUCGUCUUCUUCAUUGCCUUCCUUCCUUUGUUCCUCCAAGAACUCACCGAACGUGGAACCGGCCGUGCUCUUAUUCGACUUGGCAAGCACUUCUUGUCACUGUCGCCGAUUUUCGAAGUCUUCUCCACUCAGAUCUACACACACUCCAUCAUUAGCAACAUCAACUUUGGUGGCGCUCGAUACAUCGCUACCGGUCGUGGCUUCGCCACUGUGCGUGAGCCUUUCAGUAAGCUGUACUCUCGCUUCGCCGGCCCGAGCAUCUACCUUGGAAUGCGCACUCUUGCUAUGCUCCUCUACAUCUCACUAACGUUGUGGAUGCCUCACUUGAUCUACUUCUGGAUCACUGUGAUGGCUCUUUGUAUCGCACCAUUCCUGUUCAAUCCCCAUCAGUUCCUCUUCGCCGACUUUAUCAUUGAUUACCGCGAGUUCCUCCGAUGGAUGUCGCGCGGAAACUCGCUGUCUCACGUCAAUUCUUGGAUUGGCUAUUGUCGCAUGUCCAGAACUAUGAUCACCGGAUACAAGAAGAAGAAACUGGGACACCCAUCGGAGAAGUUGUCAGGAGAUGUACCACGAGCCAAAUGGCGCAACGUCCUGUUCAGCGAGAUCAUCUUCCCCGUGAUCAUGGCCAUGCUCUUCGUCAUCUCGUACAUGUUCGUCAACUCCUUCCAGGACCCGGUCACAAAGAAGUUUGGGCCGUCACCUCUUCUCCGCAUCGCAGUCAUCUCGCUGGGUCCAGUUGUCUGGAAUGCGGCGGUCUUGAUCAUUCUCUUCCUCGUAUCACUCUUCUUGGGACCAAUGAUGGCCACUUGCUACCCCAAGUUUGGUUCUUUGAUUGCAGCAAUUGCACAUGGAUGCUCUGUUGUCGGACUCAUCGCGUUCUUCGAAUUUUUGUGGUACCUGGAACAAUGGGACGCGUCGCACGCUACGCUCGGCAUUAUUGCCGUUGUCUUCAUUCAGCGAGCGGUCACCAAAAUACUUAUCUCCGUCUUCCUCUCAAGAGAAUUCAAGCACGACGAAACAAACAGGGCUUGGUGGACUGGAAAGUGGUACGGACGUGGACUCGGUUCGAGCGUCAUGUCCCAGCCGGCUCGCGAGUUUAUCGUCAAGAUUGUCGAGAUGACGCUCUGGUCGGGCGAUUUCUUGCUUGGCCAUAUUCUGCUCUUCAUACUCACGCCGCCAAUCCUCAUCCCGUACAUUGAUAAGGCGCACUCGACUAUGCUCUUCUGGCUUCGCCCUUCGAAACAAAUCCGCGCGCCACUCUAUUCAAUGAAGGUUCGCAAGCAAAGGCGAUGGAUGGUUGUGAAAUACGGUGUCGUCUACGCACUCGCCGUCGGUACAUUCACGGCUCUCAUUGUUUUGCCGAUCAUCUUCAAGGAAUUCUUCAACUUCAAGUGCUCGUUCUGCUCGCUUCUCUGA